AUGCUCUCUAUGAUCAAAGCCUCGACAUCCUCCGCGGCUCCUCCGCCGCCAAACGCGGAAGACGACGACGACGAACCGUACUCUCCCACAGGCCAGGUCGCGUGCACGCUGUCCGUGUUCGCCUCGCGUCUGCCGCCGAAAACGUCGUUCGCUUCGCACCGCCAUAACAACAGCCAGGAGAACCUCGCGUCGCUUCGAAGCGCGUACAACGCGUCGUUCUCGCGCACGCCGCCGUCUACCACCACGCCGUCGUGCAUCCCGCCGCUCUUCUCCCCUCUCUCCGCGUCCCUCGCCGCUUCCUCACGCCGCGGCUCGCUCUCCCCUUCCCCGUCCCCCUCCGCGUCCCCUUCCCCCUCCCCCACCCGGUCCCCCUCAGCUUCCCCCUCCGCUUCCCCCUUGCCUCUCUCCCCGCUCUCUAAAACAACGCCGAACCUGCGCCCUUUCCCCGCUGCCAACGUUAGACGCAGCACGACGGACACUACUGGCCCCGCCAGCGGCAGCAGCAGCAGCAGUGGGAGCCGCAACGUCAGCGCGGAAAUUAACAUCACAAGCGGGAGCAGCAGCAGCGGCGGCUCUAGCGGCGUCAUUGCCAACGGGAAUCGCGGCGCCGAUUCGCGCAAGGGCGCGGACGCGGUUACAGCGGUGGGAGAAAAUCAAAGCGGGAUGCAGGUUCGUUCGCGUAGUUUCAACGGUCAUGUGGACGGGCCCGUGUCGCCUCUCGCCGCGUCGCCCGUUCCCGUGUCACCUCUCUCUGCGCGGUUCGAGCCAUCGCGUCGCAAUGAGUUCUCGCGCCGCGACGACUCAAUAGGAAUUCCGACCGGCAUUCACGCUCACGCUCACACUUUCACGUCGGCUAAUCCUCCCCUCUCCUCCUCCGGACCGCGCUCCGCGUCGCUCGAGCGCAGUCCUGAAAGCUACGGCGUGAAGAGCGCCGUGAGCAACGCUGACAUGUACGCUUUCUGCCCGCUCGCCGUCGCAAGCAGCACCCCUGGCCGCCGACCUCCCCGCAGGGGGCCUGGCGGAAGCGGAAGCUUCUCCGGCCGUUACGCGCGCUCCCCUUCCCCGCAGCGCGCCGCUCAACCCGCUGCCCCGGUCGAGCCCCUCCGUCUCGGCCCGCUAAUUGCGGCAAUCGGUCAAGCGGACGUCACCGCGAUCCGCGACGCGGUGAAGGCGGUGCGCGCGGCGGUUAAGGCGACCCCGGAGAAUAAGAAGCGGUUGAUUCAAGCAGGUGGGGUCCAGUUCCUGAUUAAUCUCGUCGCCGAGUCGCCUGACGGCGACACGGUAGAGCACGCGGUGACCGUUAUGUACAACGUGUGUCGCGAGGAAGGCGGUCGCGACGCGAUCGUUAGCGGCGCGGAGGGCGGGCUGGAGGCGCUGGUUAAGUCGCUUCGGGCGGAGAAAUCAGCGGCUCGGGAAAACGCAGCGGCUGCGCUGUUCUGCCUUGCUUGGGGCAUCCAGACCGUCAGUAGCGGCGGAAAUGGCGGCGGGAAAGGAGGAAGGGCAUCAAGGGGGCCGUCGCCGUCGCGCCCGACCCGGGGCCGAUCCACGUCAGUUGGCGCUGUGUCCAUGUCACCAUCAGUAUCCGCCAGGUCAUCACCUCACACCCCGUCCCUCCCCCCUUCCCCAGCUUUAAAGUCCCCUACAGCGUCUACCGCGCUUCUGCGCCCCUCCUACGAUUCAAGGGAAUUCUCAGGGGACAAGGCGAAGGAACUGCUUGUGCUCCUGCGAGAGCAGUCGGCGGCUUCUGGCCAGCUGCAGGCAGCAGCUUGA